AUGGCGAGCGGCGCCCUCUCAGGUCUUGUCAGGCCAAUCGGCAACCGCGCGGUGCACUUGCGUCUGCACCCCCGUGUCGAGACGCUGGCCGAGAGUCGUGAAAUCCUCCGACUGUUGCAGCAAUUCGGACGAGUCGACGUCUUCCGAAACUUCAAGUACGACGCACUGUCAAUGCCCAACACGAUGAUUGCCAUGUUCGAAACAGAAGAGGCGGCGCAAAAGCUGCUCGAGGCUUCGCCGCUGCGUUUUGUUAUGCGACCAGAGGAGUCUGCUGCACCGCAACCGCGCCACUAUCAACUGCAGGUCAACGCCUCGACCUUUCACCACCGUGAUCAAAUCGACCAGAACGCUUACAACGGCGCCUUCAAGGUCUCGACCAGGUGUCUCAUCCAGGAGGACCUGGUCAAGAAGGUUCCUAUGCCCGGCUUGAGCGAAUUCACCUUAAGAAAGGAAGAGAAGCCGUGGAGAGUGCUGCAGUGGGAAAAAUACAGAGAGGACUCUCAGACAAAGACUUUGAGGCAGCUGCUGGAAGAAGCGACCUUGCCGAACCACUCCGACAAGGUCAGGACGACCGAACACGACAAGUCGCACGAUUGA